AGGCUGCAAAAAUAAACACAACAAAAAGAUGAAAAAGAUCAGCCUCAGAAGAGAUUCUGUAGGUUACCGAGAAAACGGCAAAGGGGUCACAUUUCAGCGUUGGGGUUGUGAGACAGUCAGAAGAGAAGGAGCCGCUGCGGCCAAGGAGCCUUCUGUGGGACUGCACGACAAGGAGCUACCGCUGCCAGCGUUGAAAAGCAUGGCUUGGGGUUGGUGGAAGAAAGAAUCGAAUAAUCUUGAGACAUCAUAACGAUCAUUAUAACAAUAUACAUCACGAAAUAUUUUGAGUAAUAGGCCUACCACAUUUUUGAUUGUGUUAAGAGGUGUGGCAAGUAGCCAUUUCAACAAAAAUAUAUAUAUAUAUUGGUCAUUAUUAGCAUAUUUUAACAAAGGCUAUUUAUGAUGUGUAUGUUGUAUUUACUAAUACGUAUAAUCUAAAGACUGUGUGCAGGUAUAUUUGAAUAAUAGCCUACUUGUAUUCUUAGUUGCACUGACCAUAUAGCAUUGUAAUAAUGGGAUGUUUGGAAAGACGUUACCACAGACACAAGCUAAGUCCAUGUCACAAGCGACACAAACUCAUUUGAAAACAGUAUCCUGUUAAUGUGCUUCUCCAAAAUCUGCACACUGAUGAGAACUGCUAGCAAGAUGAACAGCCUUAUCACUCAUUGUCCUCAAAAAUGCACAACAUUUUGGCAAAUGACAUAUGCUUACUUCACAGAGAGCUAUCUUCACUUAUUGAAAGUGUAUUAUCAUAAAUGCAAUUGCACACAUUCAAAGAACAUCUACAGUAAAGGUGAACAUUUUCAAAUGCAUACUAAUUUAGCUUAAAAUAACGAGAUGCACACACUCCUAUUCCUGUCCAUUGUGAUGUGAAGAGUACCAAUUUGGUAGUGAUAAAGGAGCAUGGAUAUCAGGCCACUUUAAGUGUCUCAAAUGUGGUCACAGAGAAUACUGUUAAGCACAAGCUAACUUAAAAAGGAGAGGACCCUAUACCCUAUUACUGGACACAUCUCAGCCUACACCACCCCCUGUGUUGUGGACCAACAAAACCUGGAACCUUUCUACUAACCCCCCUGCGUAAGCAACUUGGAAACCAACCCUGACUCUGACUCCCUGAUAUAACUCAGUUGUCGAGCUGCACUACUUGGAAAUCAACGACUCACAGCCUGACUUUUGGAGCACGCUCGCGCUCGCAGGAAGAGCAUUGCCACUGCGAGACAGCCAAGCAUGGAAAUCCCUCCCACUGCCCCCCAACAACCCUUCAGACAACAAAGCUUCCUCAGUCGAAAGUUGAAGGGCUCCAUCAAAAGGGCAAAGAGCCAGCCCAAGCUGGAUCGAACCAGCAGCUUCCGCCACAUGAUUCUACCCCGUUUCCGUAGUGCUGAUCAGGAGAGGACCCGUCUAAUGCAGAGCUUCAAGGAGUCCCACUCUCAUGAGUCCCUGCUUUCCCCUAGCAGUGCAGCGGAGGCUCUGGACCUCACGCUGGAUGAAGAUGCUGUCAUCAAACCUGUCCACUCCAGCAUAUUGGGCCAGGAGUAUUGCUUUGAGGUGACCACCAUUUCAGGGACAAAAUGCUUUGCCUGCCGCUCGGCUGCAGAGAGAGACAAAUGGAUUGAGAAUCUACAGAGAGCUGUCAAGCCCAACAAGGACAAUAGUCGAAGGGUGGACAAUGUGCUUAAGCUGUGGAUCAUUGAGGCCAGGGACCUUCCUCCUAAGAAGCGGUACUAUUGUGAGCUGUGUCUGGAUGACAUGCUGUAUGCUCGCACCACCAGCAAGCCCCGCACGGACACUGUCUUCUGGGGCGAGCACUUUGAGUUCAACAACUUGCCUGCCAUUCGUAGCCUACGCCUGCACCUUUACAAGGAGACAGACAAAAAGCGACGCAAGGAGAAGAGCACGUACCUCGGCCUGGUCACUAUCCCCAUAUCGAGCAUCACAGGCAGGCAGUUUGUGGAGCAGUGGUAUCCGGUGAUCCAGCCCAGUGCUUUGGCUAAGGGUGGCGGUGUAGGCGGUGGCAAGGUCAUCAAUGCCUCAAUCCGCCUCAAGUCCCGCUACCAGACCAUGAGUAUCCUGCCCAUGGAGUUGUACAAGGAGUUCGCUGAGUACAUCACCAAUAACUACCGUACGCUGUGUGCCGUGCUGGAGCCUCUGCUCAGUGUCAAAAGCAAAGAGGAGGUGGCGUUCGCGCUGGUGCACAUUCUCCAGAGCACGGGCAAGGCGAAGGACUUCCUGUCAGACAUGGCGAUGUGCGAGGUGGAUAGAUUCAUGGAACGAGAGCAUCUGAUCUUUCGAGAGAACACCCUUGCUACUAAAGCCAUAGAGGAGUACCUCAAAUUGAUAGGGCACCGGUACCUCAAGGAUGCCAUAGGGGAGUUCAUUCGAGCUUUAUACGAGUCAGAGGAGAAUUGUGAAGUGGAUCCCAUGCGUACUCCACCGUCUGUCCUGGCCGACCACCAAGCCAAUCUUCGCAUGUGCUGCGAGCUGGCACUCUGCAAGAUUGUCAACUCUCAUUGUGUGUUUCCGCGGGAGCUGAAGGACGUAUUUGCCUCCUGGAGGGUCCGGUGUGCCGAGCGGGGAAGGGAGGACAUCGCAGACCGCCUCAUCAGCUCCUCCCUCUUCCUACGCUUCCUGUGUCCCGCCAUCAUGUCGCCCUCUCUCUUCAACCUCACCCAGGAGUACCCCGGAGAGCGGACCUCCCGCACACUCACCCUCAUCGCCAAGGUGGUGCAGAACCUGGCCAGCUUCUCCAAGUUUAGUGGCAAAGAGGACCACAUGUGUUUCAUGAAUGAGUUUUUGGAGAUGGAGUGGGGCUCCAUGCAGCAGUUCCUGUACGAGAUCUCCAACAUGGACACGGGGAGCAAUGCCGGGGGCUUCGAGGGCUACAUCGACCUGGGCAGGGAGCUGUCAGUGCUCCACAGCCUGCUGUGGGAAGUCAUGGCCCAACUGAGCAAGGACGCUAUUCUGAAGCUUGGUCCCUUGCCACGUCUGCUGAAUGACAUCAGUGUAGCUUUGAGGAACCCCCAGCUCCACCGGCAGGCCAGCCACCAGCCAGACAGGCAGCAGGACAGGCUCAUCACACGGCCCUCCUUCAAUCGCCUGGUAUCAUCCGAUUUCCAGAGCCUCAUGAUGCGGGACCUGAACAGCUCAAUAGACAUCUCCCGUCUCCCCUCCCCAACCGCGGGAUUAUCUGGGGGUGGUGUCCUCUCGUCUCAUGUAAGCAUGGGAAGCUUUGCAGAACGAGACCCCCACGGCUCAAAGGAUGUUUUCUACGUGACCCGUCCCCCCUUGGCUCGGUCCAGCCCUGCAUACUGCACCAGCAGUUCUGAUAUCACUGACCCAGACCCAAAGGUCCUCAGUGUGAACAAAAGCGUGUCCAUGAUGGACCUGCAGGACUCACGCAUGAAUAGCAUCUCCAACCUCCAUUCAGUGGGCGAUAUGCUCAACUCCUCCCAGGCCUCCAUAGCAGGCUUGGGCCACAGUUUCGGGAACCUGGGCGGCCCGCUUCGCAUGGGAGGCCAUAUGUCCGCCGGUGGCUCUGGGAGCUCCGGCUUGAGGCUAAGCCAGAUGGGGGGACCCCUUCACCACAUGGGGGGUCCCACUGACUCUCUCUCCCAGCAGCAGCAACAUGCGGCAGCCGCCAUGCACUUCCCCCUCUCCUUCCAGAAUCCCCUCUUCCAUCUGGCUGCCGGCAGCCCUCGGGGUCAGCCCCACAGUCGUCCUCAGGCCCAGCCACCUCCCCCUCCACUCUUGUUGGCCCCAGAGCUUGACAAUGCCCACCACCAACAGGGCUACGUGCGGGCAUUUGGCCACGGCGGCUUCUCGCGUAGCGAGGACCUUUCAGCCCUGCGGCCACAGAGCAGUCUGGUGCAGCCCAGUGUUGUCCACUCGCACAGCUACAGUGACGACUACACGCGGCAAAACCAGAACGCUGAAUACACCCGGCGCCAGCUUUCGCUGCAAGUACAGGAGAAUCUUCAGCAGCAGAUUCUUAUGGGCAUGACCCCUCAGACGGCCACAGGCACGGGCACUCCCACCUCCUUGGCCACUCCCCCCUCCACCGUGUACCCUGUCCGUCAUGGCUCCGUAGCACCGCCUCCCCCACAGCGCCUCAAAUCCCAGCUGUCCAUCAGCCCCGGGGCCACCUCCACCCCUCCCAAGGCCCGCCCUCAGAGCAGGAACCUCCUUCUCCAGUCGCCCGACUCCAGCUUUGGCGGCAGGCAGCCCUCGCAACAGCAACAACAGCAGCAGUUGUCCGUCAAACAGUCUGACAGCCCAGCCCCUGGGCUCCCGCACCAGUCGAGCUCUGCCAGGGACGGCCAGGGGGCGCCACAAGGGGGGAACGGAGAGACCACAGACACCCCGACUAAGAGCACAAAGCAGCCUCAGACCACAGACACCCCAACUAAGAACACCAAGCAGCCCCAGCCGCAGUCCCAGCAGCAGCAGCAGCCUCCACAGCAGCACCUGCUCAAGCCGACAGUCAAUAAACAGGGUUCUCAGUCCCCCUCCACCCUGACCCCCAACGAGCGCACUGUGGCUUGGGUGUCCAACAUGCCACACCUCUCUGCCGACAUCGAAAUAUUGCGUAGCUCAUCGAACCUUGAGGACCUCAAGCUGAAGGAGUACUCCAAGAGCAUGGACGAGUCACGCAUGGAUAGGGUAAAGGAAUACGAGGAGGAGAUCCAUUCCCUGAAGGAGCGUCUGAUAAUGUCCCAUCGGAAGCUGGAGGAGUAUGAGCGCAGGAUGCUUUCACAGGAGCAGCAGACCAGCAAGAUCCUAUCACAGUACCAGAGCCGGUUGGACGACAGCGAGCGCAUGCUGAGGCAGCAGCAGCUGGAGAAGGACAGUCAAAUCAAAGGCAUUAUCAACAGGCUCAUGGCUGUGGAGGAUGAGUUGAGAGUGAGUGCCAUUCCUGAAAUCAAGCCCAGAAUGUUCAGAGAGCAGGAAGAGGACUCUUCCUCUCUGGGUUCGGCAGACCCCCAUGGUCUCCCCGGAGGUGGGGGGGGGACAGCCACCGCCACUGCCAGGCCCGGGGUCUCCUUUUCAGGUGUCUCCUGUGCCAACUCCCCUUGGAAAGGAGCCCUCCCUCCCCUCCCACCUCCCCGCCUACACGUCAGCCACAAUGGGGAACUCCAUGGCAACCGAGCCUACCCCUCGACUACUACCAUGGUUACGCCAGCCAGGAGCACGGCAUCAUGGACCUCGGCAACAGCAGCAUCAAAUCCGAGUUUAACCGGGGGGAGAGCAGUCUAAUAACGAAAUCCAAUCCAACCGUUUUACGGAGGACACCCUGGAACCUGACUGGCAGAGCUGAUAUGGGUCCCGGCAUAAUUCUAUUGGCUGGCAAAACAUAGAAGAGGUCUGCAGUACAUGGCUGCUCCAGAUCUGUUGACUUCCCACAACAAGCUGAACUUUUGGAUAAUUCAAGGGGGGGGUCUUCACAUGCUAACACACACACACAAACACACACUCCUUCAUGCAUUUGCUCUUUCUCUCCCUCUCUCUGCAAUACCACUGUAAGUUUUGACCCUGGUGACAAUCAGCUCAAUAUGAGUGGUGAUGUUUACAUUGUCUGCGUGUUGCAGUGACCCAUUCACGAGUGAUGAAACAUGGCAAUAUUGAACCUGUUGUUUCUGUUUAAAUAGGUAUGACAAAGCACAAUACUGAGAAAGAGAGAGAAAGAGACUUUGGGGUAUCCCAAGAUUCCUCCCCCUACCUCAAAUAUUCACUUCACUUUAUUAAUUGCCCUGUGACAAACCUACUACACCGAGGCCUUCGCGAAAGCAGUAGGUUUUUUAACUGUUAUGCUGAACGCGUAACCCGCGGCCAGAGGGUAGAAUUCUUGAAAACAGAACCAGCACCCGGGGGCCUGUCGGAGAAACACGCUACUUACGCCCAUGUUUUAUUGAAAACAAUGGCAGCAUCGGAUACUUUUACUGGGUAACGCGUCCAGUUAUGCUGUCAAACACUAUGGCUUCAAUUUAUGUUUUUUUUUAUGUUCUUAGUGUUAAACUGAGUAGAUUAAUACUUAGUAUUACAGACGGUGAAUGAAAUGAAAGCCUAAUGCCAAUACUGCCCCUGUUCUCAGACUAUAUAUCUCUGUAAUGCCGUGAACAUAUCUAUCUCUCUGGCCAAAUUGUUUCCUCCUUUUCCCUUGUACUGCUCUUCUCUAUCUCCACCCGAGAGUAAACAAACUAAAUAUGCACAGCCCUAUGUUUCAAAACAGAAGGACAAAAGGUUUCGAUUUCUAUGUCAUCUGGAUACAAUUUAAACCUAAGGAGCUGGGACAUAUGGACAUUGUUUUACAUUUCCUACAUAUGUGUUUUAAUUAUAUGAAUUACUCACCUGGACAUAUGUGGUGUUUGUUUCUUUAAAUUGAUAUCCCAGUAAGGUUUCUUUACAUUGUGGACAAUUCCUCUGGACCACUUCGCUUUUGUAUGUAUGGGUUCUCUUUGAGAUGGAAAAGAGAUGGAUUUGACCUGCUCUGCCUCCAUCAAAGU